GAGGGCGGCGCGGGGCUGUAGCCACCUGCGGCGCCUCCUGUUGGCCGGGGAAGGCGGAGUGGAGAGGCCCCGGUGGCCACCCGCGGUGCCCAUGGAGCGGGUGCGGAUGAUCAACGUGCAGCGCUUGCUGGAGGCGGCCGAGUUUUUGGAGCGCCGGGAGCGAGAGUGUGAACAUGGCUACGCCUCGUCGUUCCCCUCCAUGCCGAGCCCCCGGCUGCAGCACUCCAAGCCCCCACGGAGGUUGAGCCGGGCACAGAAACACAGCAGUGGGAGCAGCAACACCAGCACUGCCAACAGAUCUACACACAAUGAGCUGGAAAAGAAUCGACGAGCUCAUCUGCGCCUAUGUUUAGAACGCUUAAAAGUUCUGAUUCCUCUAGGACCAGACUGCACCAGGCAUACAACACUUGGUUUGCUCAACAAAGCCAAAGCACACAUCAAGAAACUUGAAGAAGCUGAAAGGAAGAGCCAGCACCAGCUCGAGAACUUGGAGUGAGAACAGAGAUUUCUGAAGCGGAGACUGGAACAGCUGCAGGGCCCUCAGGAGACGGAACGGAUACGAAUGGACAGCAUUGGGUCAACUAUUUCUUCAGAUCGUUCUGACUCAGAGCGAGAGGAGAUUGAAGUGGAUGUUGAAAGCACAGAGUUCUCCCAUGGAGAAGUGGACAAUAUAAGCACCACCAGCAUCAGUGACAUUGACGACCACAGCAGCCUGCAGAGUAUUGGGAGCGACGAGGGUUACUCCAGUGCCAGUGUCAAACUUUCGUUCACUUCCUAGAACCCAGCAUGAAAAACAAGUGCAGGGCAAAAUAAUCACUGGGCCAACUCCGUACAAUCUCUUUAAAUUGGGUUCAUGAUGCAGUCUCCUCUUUAAAACUAAAUGAAAGAAUACUAUACUUGAACAAAGGGUCAGAAGACCUGUAUUUAAGCAAAUACUCAGCAAAAAGUGGGGCACGGCCUCUCCAGCAGAACAAAUAUUCCUAAUAUGCAUAUUGGAAAAAUCACAAUUUCUAACAGCAGCAGAAAAACCUGUCUGAUAUUUUCUUGAUUUAGUGUUAAGACAAAGAGGACAUUAGAGAUUCUGUCCUCUUUUUCUGAGUUUGCUCAUACCAUGUUGAGUAAACACACUGAAGAAUGGGAUUAUGUUCCCAUCCUGAGCUUUAUGGCCCUAAAAACAAAAUCAAACCUACAGUAAUGAAAAGACAAGAUAAUCAGGCAUUAUUCUUGGAUAGCUAGAGCUAUGACAACUUAGCCUGGGACAAUUUAUCAUGAAGCCUGUGGAUGAUGAGUUCUUUAAAAAAAAUUAAAAAGCUCAUUUCAUGCUCUACAAAAGGAGAGACUCCCAUGAAGCCUUUUGAAAGGGAUCAUCAUGCAGCUCAGCUUUCUGUUGGAUUCCAUGCUAAGCAAGCUAACCUUUUCCCGCAUCGUUAGCACUAGGGCACCCAAAUGCCCGCUAGCCAGCCCACCGCCCCUAGGCCGCAUGGGGGGCAGUCCAUGCAUGACAGCCUCUGUCACACAGGCCUAUGAGUGUGGACUGGGGAGCCAGAAGGGAAAAUCGUUCCACGUGCUUCUGUGUCCACAUGGGUCAGAAGAGUUGUGCACACAGGUUAGCAGGCCAAGGUCUGAGCCACGGCAGCAUUUUUAUUUCAGAUUUUGAUAACUGUUUAUAUGUGUUGAAAACCAAAAUGACAUCUUUUUAAAGCUUGUCCAUAAAAAAAAAAAAAAAAAAAGAUGUCUUUUAUAGUGGAAAAACACAUGGGAAAAGAAAUCAUCUAUUUUGAUGCAGCAUUUGAUAACUAAAACACCUCACACCUCACUCUUUAUAGUGCACAAAAUGAAUGAGGUCUGGGUUAGGUUAAAAAAAAAAAAAGUCAAUGCUGUUUUUGUUUUCUUUCGAAUCAUUACCUUUUACCAGCUUUUAACCAUCUGGUAUCUACAGUAGACACACUAUCAUAGUUAACAUAGUUAAGUUCAGCACUUGUCUCAUUUUCAUGUUAAAAUCUGCUUCCAUUUCCCUACAGGCAGUCUCUCUCCUUCCUCACAAUCCUAUUGUGCAGGUGCUAUUGUUGCUCUUAUGAAUAUUUUCAGAAAUGUUAUUUUCUUCUAAGUGAAAUUUCUAGCCUGCACUUUGAUGUCAUGUGUUCCCCUUGUCUUUCAAACUCCAAGGUUCGCUUCUGGCCCUUUCCCUUACCCUGGGAAGCCUUCUUGGAGACUUUACCCCUGGCUGUUUGGACUUUGUAUACUUUAAAUAAUUUAACUGCCCUUAAUACUUAAAAAAAAAAAAAGCUUUAUGAUUUUCAUAACUUAUUGCUGAUUUUAAUGGGUUGUUAAUUUCAGUCCUAUAGUUUUAUUUUAUGUUUAGAUAGGGCUGGGCCAGGAAAAACAAAAUAAAGACAACCAUAUUUAG